AUGGGAAAGAAUCAGUCUAAACUCUCCCAACAGGAGAUUGAUGAUCUCCAGAAAAAUACACAUUUCGAUAGAAAGGAGCUUCAGCAAUGGUACAAAGGUUUCUUGAAGGAUUGCCCGUCAGGCUCCCUUAACAAACAAGAGUUCCAGAAAAUUUACAAACAGUUCUUUCCGUUUGGCGACCCGACUAAUUUCGCUGAUUACGUCUUCAAUGUCUUCGACUCCGAUCAUUCCGGAACUAUUGACUUCAAGGAGUUUAUCUGUGCUUUGAGCGUUACUUCGCGAGGGACCCUGGAAGACAAGUUACAAUGGGCUUUCCAGCUGUACGACAUCGAUGGUAACGGUGAGAUUUCGUACGAUGAAAUGCUCAAGAUCGUCGAAGCGAUUUAUAAGAUGGUCGGCACGAUGGUAAAAUUACCAGAAGAUGAAGACACCCCAGAAAAGCGUGUUCGAAAGAUCUUCCGCAUGAUGGACAAAGAUGAGAGUAACAGUCUCACACUAGAGGAGUUCCGUGAAGGCAGCCAGAGGGAUCAGACUAUCGUCUCGGCGCUGUCGCUUUAUGAUGGAUUAGUCUAG